AUCUCCACUGAAGGCCUGCGCAGGGGAGGAGAACACACUUACUAUCCAGUCCCUCUUUGCCCCCUCCCCUCGCUGGAGGUGUGCCCCAAUAUUAGACGGAAUGUCAGCUCCUUGAAGUGCGGGACAAGGAUGUCUUGCUUCCUGCUGUAUUACCAGUACCUAGGAGAACUGGCACAUAGUCCACACCAGCCCAGCUGUCGAGGAUGGAAUACGCCAUGAAGUCCCUCAGCUUUCUCUACCCCAAAUCCCACUCCAGUUGUGUCACAGAGAGCACGUCGGUGGUGCCCCAGCAGCUGCUGUCGGAGCCCGGUGUGGAGGCCCCCAGAGCCCGGCCCUAUCGCGUGAGCAACGCAGCCCGGAGUGUACGGAAGGGCUUUAUGGCGCACAGUCUCGCGGACCUCCUGGUCAAGGUCCGAGACACCCCGAUGCUGGCAGACAAACCCUUCUCCCUGGUGCUGGAGGAAGAUGGCACAACUGUAGAGACAGAAGAGUAUUUCCAGGCUCUGGCAGCAGAUACAGUGUUCAUGGUGCUCCAGAAGGAGCAAAAAUGGCAGCCCCCAUCAGAGCAGGGGAAUAGAUACCAACUGGCCGUCUCCCAUAAGCCUGUCAAGAAGUUCGAUGUGGCCCGUGUAACCUUUGAUCUGUACAAGUUGAACCCGCAGGACUUCAUUGGCUGCCUGAACGUAAAGGCGACUCUCUAUGGCACAUACUCCCUCUCCUAUGAUCUGCACUGCUAUGGGGCCAAGCGCAUGGUGAGGGAAGCUCUUCGCUGGGUUCUCUUCAGCAUGCAGGCCACUGGCCAUGUGCUGCUUGGCACCUCCUGUUACAUGCAGCAGCUCCUGGAUGCCACAGAGGAAGGGCAGCCCCCCAAGGGCAAGGCCUCAUCCCUCGUCCGGACCUGUCUGAAGAUACCGCAUUGAAUCCCCAGUCCUCGGAGGCCUUUCCCGUACAAGGACUAGACUGGGAAACCCACGCUCAGCUUGGAGAGGAUGCAAGCCUGCCAGCUAGAGAGCUUCUUACCUCCGUGUACCUCCCUUACUCCACAGUACCACAAAUGAGGAAGCAGGAGGAAGGGCUGGAAACUUGGGGUGGGAUGGACAAAGGAGAACCACAGGUUCUUGGCCUGACCCAGCUCCUUCCUGUCCAAGGUAGCAGAGCUGAUCAAGAACUGGUCACUAGCAGGCUGUGGCAUGAAGUCUGGCCCUCAGCAACCUGUCUUCACUUAUACUUUCUUCUCACUCCCAAGUUCCUGGCUUCCCCAUCCCAGAAUACUCCUGUGUGGAUUGUCAAGCCCAUUAGUGUAUGCUAUUAGAGAGUUUGCAAUAAAUUAUUUAUG